AUGGCAACACGACUCCGCCGCGUCACCAACAGAAGAUCGCCGCCGGCUCCGAAGCUUGGAGUUGUCGUUCUCUUCAUGCUUUUGUCGGUUUGUGUGAUCGGAAUAUAUAGCCAUUUCCAGAAGAUAUCUUAUUUUCUCCGACCAGUUUGGGACAGUCCCCCAAAACCAUUCACACACCUACCUCACUAUUAUGCCGAAAAUGUCUCGACUGAACAUCUUUGUGGCCUCCACGGUUGGUCCGUACGUCGGCAACCACGCCUUAUCUUCGACGCCAUCAUCUUCAGCAAUGAACUAGACAUACUUGAUAUCAGAUGGCAUGAGCUCGAUCCCUAUGUUUCGAAAUUCGUGAUCUUGGAAUCCAACACCACUUUCACCGGCAUCCACAAACCUCUUUUCUUUGAAUCGAACCGUGAAAGAUUCGCCUUCGCCGAGGAGAAGAUCGUCCAUGGUGUAUUCCCCGGCCGAAUUGCAGCCCCCGGUUCGCACGAUGAUCCCUUCGUUCUCGAGUCGCUCCAACGCGGAGCGAUGAACAGAUUGCUUCACGCCGCCGGAAUAUCCGACGGAGACCUUCUAAUAAUGUCGGACACGGACGAGAUCCCGAGUCCACACACACUGAAACUACUACAAUGGUGUGAUCAAUUGCCACCAAUAUUGCACCUUGAGUUGAAGCAUUACAUGUAUUCGUUCGAGUUCCCUGUGGAUUACAGCAGCUGGCGAGCCACGGUCCACGUCUACAGUCCCGGGACGACUCGGUACCGCCACUCGCGGCAGUCGGACGUGAUAUUAUCCGAUGCGGGAUGGCACUGUAGCUUUUGUUUUCGAAACCUGGAAGAAUUUACGUUCAAGAUGACUGGUUAUAGCCAUUCAGACAGAGUGAAAAGGAAAAAUUUUCUGAUCAAAUCAAGAAUACAGAGAAUCAUUUGCAGGGGAGAUGAUCUUUUCAAUAUGUUUCCCGAAGCGUAUUCGUUCAAGGAGAUGAUUAAAAAGAUAGGUCCCAUUGAGCGUUCGGUUUCAGCAGUUCAUCUUCCUUCUUAUUUGAUACAAUAUGCACAUAGGUUUAGGUUUCUUCUUCCUGGGGGAUGCAUGAGAAACAACGAUUCACCAAGCACAAUUUCUUAA